CUAGGCAUGACUUAUGUGCUCCUGCCGAGGAUUGCCCAGUAGUGAAUCAAGAAUUUAUGUGGGCGGUUAUCUGAACCUGUCGUUUCGCUGGAUGCUUCAUGUGACUUUCCUGAUCUAUAUAUUGUCUCCCGCAUUUCAUGUAUUUUUACCUUUUUCAGUUUUCUCUUUUGGUAAAAGAUGCAGCGUGGCGGUUUUCCGCUUGCCUCCAACAUUUUCAAGUCAUGGGAACUAGCAGCUAACAAACUGGAAUUUCCAAUGCAAAUACUUCGUCAGUUUGGAACAACAACCACAGCACAUCGUCACCCGGGCAUUAUUUUUCCUUAUCCUGUGAGUAAGCAGUGGGCGGUCAAACGUCUUUUUGAUCCCGAACAGUACACAGUGGAUGCAGUGAAGCUUGUGCGAACCGGUGGCCGUGGACCCGAUGGUAUAACCCAGUACAAACACCGAACAACUGGAUUGAAUCGCCCCUGGUUCAUGGUUGACUACAACUACUCCCGACACAUUCCCACAGGCAAAGUUGUGGACGAAAUUGUACUCAAGAUAACACGCAACUGGUGGCGCACUCCUUUUCUGGCGCUUGUCGCUUCGGGUGAGGUCAAACGGUGGAUUGUGGCCACGACGAGCAUGAAGCCUGGUGAUAUCAUCCGAUCGCAUGUGGACAUCCCGCUGAUUCCAGUUAGUCCUCGCGAAGGGGACGCAUACCCGGUGGGCGCUCUUCCCGUCGGAACGAGUGUGUGCUUGGUCGAGCUCUAUCCCGGUGAAGGUGCUAUUCGGUGUCGAGCAGCUGGGACGAGUGCAUCGGUGGUUCGUCGAGGCAAACAUGUCGGCGACCCCGACUGUCCACGUCCGGACACACUGUCGGACGUGACGGAGGAACACGUUGUCUUGCUGCGGGACAAUGGCACUCGGAAACUCAUGCGCCUCCUGCCUGAGUGCAUGGUUGUCGUGGGUCAGGUGUCGAACAACGAACACAGUAAAGAGAAAUACAGGAAAUUCGGUGAAAAGUACUGGCACGGCAUCAAGCAACGAAGUGGUUUGUGGCAACGAAAAACCGGUCGUUUUGGACGCAAAAUUCGCCCGAUUGGACCCCCGUUGGAUUUCGUUAGUCCGGAAGUUUCAGCGAGCGAAAUGAUUCUGAAGGUCACCAAACCAGGAACUCCGCUCCACAAUAGGGAAAACGAGCGCGACCUGUAUGCCCAGAUGAAUCCGGGCAAACAAAAACCAUUCCAACCGACACCGAAGGCGUACAAUGGAUUGCCGGAUAACCAACCACGAUUUUGUUGGUCAUCGUGGACAUCCGUUCGGUAAACUUAUGGGCUAGACUCGAUACACAAUUGUCUCAAAUAUAACUGAUCCUCCC